AUGGCACCACCACGCACUCUAAUGAAAACUCCAAGAAAAACGCCUUUAAAGAAAAAUCGAAAAGUAAUGAGUUUGGCAGAUAAAUUAAAAAUUUUAAAUUCACUUCGAGACGGAGAUAAAGUUGCUGCAAUUGCUAGACGUUUCGAAGUAAAUGAAUCAACCAUUCGCACGAUUCGGGAUAGCGAAGCGAAAAUUCGUGAAAGUGCACAAAUUUUGGGCCAGCAUGCUCAGGCAGCAAAAGUUGUUCAUCAUAAUUUCAUUGAAAAAGCAGAAGAGAUGCUUAUGAUUUGGAUUCAAGAUCUUAUACACAAAAAAAUUCCUCUUAGUACAGCGGCAAUUAGAGAUCAAGCUAUCGUUUUUCACACUCACCUGUGUGAAAAAUACAAUAAAACUGAGAAGUUCAACGCGAGUAAAGGAUGGUUUGAAAGGUUUAAAGCCAGAUUCAUGCUGCAUAAUGUCAAAUUCUCAGGUGAAAGUUCUAAUGCGGAUCAUGAAGCUGCUCGUGUAUUCCCAGCACAAGUUCGAGAAGUUAUUGCUGAAAAACAUUUUGUUCUCGAUCAAAUUUUUAAUUGUGAUGAGACUGGACUUUUUUGGAAAAGAAUGCCAUCUCGAACAUGGUUAACGAAAGAAGAAUUGAGAGCGCCAGAAGUGAAAGAAUUCUUAGCCAAAAAAAAUCUCGCUUUCAAAGUUUUGUUACUGCUUGAUAAUUGCAAGAGCCAUGAUGGAUGUUUGCAAACAGCUCAUCCUGAUGUCGAAGUGAUGUUCCUUCCUCCCAACACAACGUCAUUGAUUCAACCGCUAGAUCAGACUGUCAUAGCAACUUUCAAGUCUUAUUAUUUAAGACGUGUUAUAAAAUCAUUAGUCCAAAAAGUCAAUCUUCACCGGACUUGCGACAAUUUUGUUCCCGACAAUGUUGUCAGACAAUAUUGGAAAAUGUUUUCAAUCAUGGAUGCAAUCAACUUCGUUGAAGAGGCCUGGACUGAAGUUAAAUUGACCACUGUAAACCAAAGCUGGAAAAAGCUGUUACCGGAAGUAGUUGCAGCAAGUGACGCCGAGCAGCAAUCAAAUUAUCAAGACACGGUGCGAGAGGUCAUAGCCUUGGCUCGAGAAGUCGAAGGUGAAGGGUUCCAAGACCUUGAGGAAUCGGAGGUUCUAGAUCUUGUGGAAGAAAGAACUGACUUGACACCUGAAGAAAUCGAAGUACUUUCGAACAAUCCGCCUGAAGAAGAAACUGAAGAAGGCCUUACACGAACGACGUCCGAAACCAUUUUCGAUGCUAAAGCUGUUGUGGAAAUUAUCAAUCUUAUUAACAUGGCAUCCGAACAAGCUGUGCAAAAAGAUCCGAUAAUGGUUAGAAGUUUAAAUUUCAAACGACAAUGCGAUUUAGCUAUAUUGAUUUACGAUGAAUUAUAUAGAGACAUUUUGAGAAGAGCUAAGCAAGCAAAAUUGACUUAUUAUUUUCAAAAUAAAUAG